AUGACCGCCGAGAGCCGUCUGCCGCCGGGUCCCCCACCGCCGCCCCCGCCGCUAAAAGCGGAGGCGGCGCCGCCGGGGGAGGAGGCGGCGGCGGCGGCGGCGGGGGCGCGGGGCGGGCGGCGGCGGCGCAAGCGUCCGGCGGAGAGGGGCAAGCCGCCCUACAGCUACAUUGCCCUCAUCGCCAUGGCCAUCGGCCAGGCGCCCGAGCGGCGACUGACGCUCGGCGGCAUCUACCGCUUCAUCACCGAGCGCUUCCCCUUCUACCGCGACAGCCCCCGCAAGUGGCAGAACAGCAUCCGCCACAAUCUCACCCUCAACGACUGCUUCGUCAAGGUGCCGCGGGAGCCCGGCCGCCCUGGCAAGGGCAAUUACUGGACGCUGGACCCCCACGCCCGCGACAUGUUCGAGAGCGGCUCCUUCCUCCGCCGCAGGAAACGCUUCAAGCGCAGCGAUCUCUCCACCUACCCGGCUUUCCUCGCCGAGCGUCCCGCUGCGCCUUGCCACCUUUUCCCGCCGCCCGCCGCCGACCUGCCCCCAGCCCCCGCCGCCGCAUCCUGCGCCUUCGCCGCCGCUGCCGCUUUCCCCACGCAGGGUUGCCCGCCCGCUGCCCUGCCACACACUUACGCUCCGCUACCCGCCGCACCCGGGCCCUACGCCCCGGGAGCCCCCGGGCAGCUGUACGCGCCAUCAGGGCGCGUUGUCCUGCCCGCCUCACCGCCCGUCCCCGCCGGGCUCUACGGCCGCUGCUCCCCCGCGCCCUACUCGCCGCUGCCCCACGCCUACGGCGCCGGCGGGCAGCUGCCCACCGGCGAGCCCGGACCACGGCAUGGUACCUGCCCCGGCGGCCCCGAUAGGUUCGUCCCGGCGCUCUGA